CCGACUUCUAUUGGUCUAUAUCAUUUUGGAGAGCACUUGCUAUUUGCACGAUGAAGAUUGGCAAGUAACGGCCUUCGAUUCAUUGCUUACCUUUCCAAAGAUAAUAAGCCCAAUGACUUACUGCUAAUUGCACCGGCCUGUGCUGUCUACAUCUGUUCACCAUGCAGCGCAUGCAAGGGCUUAUGCAUCAGACGAGCACACAGGGUGUCCAUGAUACAGAGCAUUCUUACUCGAUUACAGGCCAAAAGAGAAGUCAUCAACCUGAAGAUGGCGACUUUGCUCGACCCAAGCCUCUAGGACCAGCACCAGUUCUAUUCCAACGUGCCGUGUAUUUACCUAAUGCACCAUCACGGCUCUCUCCUAGCAAAAUUGCCGAUUUUCGUGGCUCACUAGGGAUCUCAGAGUACUCUCAGAGAAAAGAGUUUUCAGCGACACCGUCCUCUACCAGGGAUGUAGAGUUGGACCUAAAACAUCCGCUAUACGCUCUGCCUCCCAAGUUUGUCGCGAAUUUUGCAGCACUCGGUAUCCAGUCCAUUUACCCAUGGCAGAAAAACUGUCUCAAAGGGCCUGGGCUACUUGAUGGUACCAAAAAUCUUGUCUAUUCUGCCCCUACGGGCGGAGGAAAGUCCCUCGUAGCAGACUUGCUUAUGAUUAAACGAAUUAUCGAGACACCGGGUGGUAAAGCCCUCCUUAUUCUUCCAUAUGUUGCUCUUGUACAAGAAAAGGUUCGCUGGCUGAGGCAAGUAGUAGAAGGCUUUCGCUAUCCAGAGAAUGCCUCUGAGCGAGAUUCUAUACCUGCUUGGAAGCGACGAUUGGAUAAGAAUGAUAUAAGAGUGAUUGGCUUUUUCGGCGGUGGGAAAAUUAAGUCUACUUGGGACGAUUUCGAUAUUGGAGUCUGCACGUUAGAAAAGGCGAACUCACUGAUCAACACUGCAGUGGAGGAUUGCUCAAUUAAGAACUUACGAGCUGUAGUUCUGGAUGAAUUACAUAUGAUUGAUGACGAGCACCGUGGUUAUAUUAUUGAGCUGAUUGGCGCAAAGCUCCUAAGCGUGGACCACUCUGUUCAAAUUAUUGGAAUGAGCGCUACAAUUUCGAACAUAUCUCUUAUGGCGCAAUGGCUUAAUGCACAUUCAUACGAAACUCGUUAUAGACCUAUACCCAUUGAAGAACACAUCGUUUGCAAUGGAAGUAUAUACGAUGUGAAAGAUGCGCACACCUUGCUGGAUACAACGGCGCAGCUGAACAAAAAAGGAUCUUGUGAACAGAAGGCAAGGGCGUGCCGAAAAGUAUUGCCUUCAACAUUGAAGGAGCUCGCUGACCCUGUACUCAAUGCUGUUGUCUCACUCACUCACGAAACUGCCAUGAAUGGAUAUGGUGUCCUUGUGUUUGCUGGUAGUCGUGGAAUGUGUGAGGCAGACGCUCGGAUUAUCAGCCGAGUUAUGCCGCCGUUGAAUGAGCUUGAUGAGACCAUUCGUACCAAGAGGCUCGAAAUUCUUGACGAAUUACGAAGCCUCAGCACUGGUUUAGAUCAUGUGCUAGAGGAAACAAUUCUCUUUGGUGUUGCUUUUCAUCAUGUGAAGCGAGAAAUUAUCGCUGAAGGGUUUGACAGUGGUACCCUUCUUGUCUGCGUGGCAACAUGCAGUCUGGCAGCUGGAAUCAAUUUACCUGCUCGGCGGGUGAUUCUACACAAUGCAAAAAUGGGCAGAGACUAUGUUGCCCCUGCCAUGCUUCGGCAGAUGAGAGGUCGCGCUGGCAGACAAGGAAAAUCACCGAUUGGUGAGACGUAUGUCUGCUGUAGACAGGAUGAUUUGGAGCAAGUGGUUAGUCUCAUUGAAUCUGAGCUACCACAGGUAUUCAGUUGCUUGAAUGCUGAGAAUCGACGAAUACAAAGAGCUGUUCUGGAAAUUAUUACGGUUCGACUUGCUACCAACACUGACUCUAUAAGAUUUUACUUUUCAAAAUCUUUGCUUGCAUUCACGCACGAACCGGAGCAGGUAACCUUGUUCUUAAAGGAUGGUCUGAAAGAAAUAGAUACGAUGGGUCUUGUUGAACAGGAUGCAGACGGCGAUUAUUCUCCAACACAGCUGGGGAAGGCCAUCGUUGCGUCAGCUAUUGACCCUGAUGAUGGUAUGUUUGUCCACCAAGAAAUGGUAAAGACGCUUCGAGCGUUUGUCAUGGACGGCGAGAUGCAUAUUCUCUACGUCUUCACACCAGUCCAGGACUUUGGUAUCACAGUCAACUGGCAAGUUUUCAGGAAUGAGGUCUUAUCCCUAGAUGAUAGUGGCAUGCGAGUUUUAAAUUUCCUAGGCAUGAAGCCUACGGUGAUUGAGAGGCUUGCCCAGGGAGCCACGUUGCCAGAAAAGACAAAAGAAGAAAAAGAUCUAGCGAGAGUAUAUCGACGAUUCUAUCUGGCUCUGCAGCUGAAGAGCCUUUGCAACGAAGUGCCCGUCCACGUAGUUGCUCGGAGAUUUGAUACUCCGCGAGGUGUUGUACAGUCACUGUCACAGACAUGUCAGGGAUUUGCAGCGGGCAUGGUGAAAUUCUGCGAACAUAUGGAUUGGGGAGUCAUGUCUGCAGCUCUGGACCAUUAUUCAGACCGAUUGCUUGCCGGUGCAAGAACAGAGCUUCUAGCACUGGCGCAGAUUCCAUUUAUCAAGAGCAGAACUGCGCGAGUCUUUUGGGACAAUGGGUUUAGAUCAAUUGCAUCUAUUGCCAACACCGACCCAAAAGAGCUUGUUCCGAUUCUAAUUCAGGCCCAACCGAAUAAACUGCGACUCAAUGAUUGGGAUAGUGAAAAGUUUGAAGAGAAGCUCUUCAUGAAGGCGCAGAUUAUUUCCAACGCUGCAAACAGAUUAUGGAAUGUUCAAAUGCAAGCUGAAAUGGGUCCAGAAUAA